AUGUCUUACAUUGGAACGUGGAGGGGUAAACCCGUUACACCGAGCCUUGUUACACGUGCAGACAGAAAUGAUACGUGCCGUGCAACCACAGAUGCGCAAAAUCGUGGCAUUAUGAUUGUUCGUGUUCAGGCAACAGAUCCCUUGCUUCAAAAUGCAGAGCAACAACCGAAUAGAGAACUAGAUUAA